AACUUAACAAGAUGUGAUUUUGGAGAUGCAGAGCCCAAUCAGCCCGAGGAAUCAAGCGACACAAAUCAGGCGAAGCCACCCAAACGGCCACACAUAAAGAGGCCCAUGAACGCUUUCAUGGUGUGGGCCCGAGAGGAACGUCGCAAGAUUCUUAAAGCAUGUCCAGACAUGCACAAUAGCAACAUUUCGAAGAUCCUAGGCGCCAGGUGGAAAGCAAUGUCCGCAGAGGAGAAACGGCCCUAUUAUGAAGAACAGUCACGGUUGAGCAGAAAACACAUGGAGGAUCACCCCGAUUAUCGAUAUCGCCCACGGCCCAAACGCACCUGCAUUGUGGAUGGCAGGAAGCUGCGCAUUUCUGAGUACAAGGAGUUGAUGCGUAGUAGACGUGGUGAAAAUCGGAAGCAGUGGUUUGGUAAUGGAGACACCCAACGGAUUGUGGAAAGCCUUCUCGGUAAAUACCUGUGUUUAUAA